AUGCCUAUUUGCAUCGAGUGCUCCUAUCCGGUCUCUCACCUGUACAGUGCCUACAGCCGUGCUGAUGACCGGUCUCAAGGCAAGGGUGUGCGACUAACGCAAUGCCCGCGUUGUCAGCGGUUUGCCGACAAAUACGUUGAAUAUGACUUUGUCGUGCUCUUCAUUGACUUGGUGCUCAUUAAGCCCCAGGUAUACCGACACCUCCUGUUCAAUCGGCUUGGACGAGACGACAACCAGUUCGAUCGGUCCAUACUUCGGCUAGGAGUGCUCCUGCUUCUCUUCGAUGUCUACCUAACCUGGGCACGCAUUGAGAAGGAUCCAUCCCUCGCAACGACCUUUUUGUCACGCGCCCCUAUUGUUGUCCAAUACCUCUUCUUCCUUAGCUUGAACGCUGCCGCAACUCUCGCGCACCACCUCACCGUGCGCCUUUUGGCCUCAAUUUUAGUUCCAAAAUCGCGCCGAUAUAGCGGACCAGACAACGGCAACAAUGCCAGCACUAAUCCUGGCACAAAAUCUACAAAGGAUACCACCCCCUUCCCCUCUGGACCCCCUACGCCAACCCAUCCCUCACCAUCCGCGGUGCCGAUAAACCCACCAACCCAGAACCACGCCAACGCCCCCACAAGCCUACCAAACCCUACCCCAAAUCCCAGCGCAAUUAGCGAGGCCAACCCUCCAGCCGAGGUAUCAUCCCCGCAAGGCACAUCAGUGGGACCACCGCCCCGACCUGCGCCGCCGCUGCGCCGGACAUCAACAGCCCCAAUGCAGAAUAUUCAACCCCUGCCCCCUCCAACAGCCGCAAGCCCAGCAGCAAUCAGCACCGCCCUGCUAGUCAGCAGCUGCGCCAAGCUUUUCCCCAUCUUGCUGUCACACCGCAGCUCAGAUACGGUCCCCGACCCAGACGGCUACGAUACCGAGCGCGGUGCAUCAGAGCCUGCUCGCUACCGCGACGAAAACCUCUUCGCUCCUUUCUGCGAAAGCAGCUAUCUUAUCUCCGCCCUUGCCUCCGGCGAGUUCUUCUUCAUUGCUGGAAUCGUGGUUGGCUACCAUGGCUUCUUCGCUCCAGAAUUCCACGUCGACUAG